CCAGACAGAAAAAUACCCUGUGGACCUCUUACAGCAAAUCUAUGUCUGUUGAUGAGUGAGACGCAAUGUGGAUUACACUUUUUAUCACAACAACCCUCUGUUUGUCUAUGUCCCGAGCUGGUGACUUUUGUGAAAAUGUUCUUAAAGAAUGCCGAGACAGUGACCCGUCAUGGAUAGGUUGUUAUGAGGAUCGAAUUAUGACCUGCAUAACAGGCCGCUCCAUGACAGGCAUCAAACAACUCAAAGUAGACUCGCGUCAAGAGGUUGAUGUGAGUCCUACAUUUGAACAUAGAGUUCACAUCCCAUCAUCAGCUCUCCAGAGAAGCAGAGGAAAUGUGCCUGAGAUGGAGGUCCUGGUGGUGGCCUCUGUAAUUAACAGCAGUUAUUUUAAGCUGAGUCCUCCCCAAAGAAGUAGGAUACCACAAAUUCACCGCAGAAAUGGCAAAGUAUUUAGGGACUCAGUCGUAUGUGUGCGGGCAGGAAACGGUGCAGUCGAGAAUCUCUCACAACCCAUCAAGUUAACCUUCAAACACAACAAAGAGGUUGAAAGUGGAACAUGUGUAUUUUGGGAGGAAACAUCAGCAAAGGAUGGAACAGGUUACUGGAGCAAUGAAGGCUGUGACACAAAUUACACGGCACAUGAAUUUAUUUGCAGCUGCAACCAUCUGAGCUUCUUUGCUGUGCUUAUGAAUCCAGGAAUAUCGGUGACAAAAGCUAAUGCUGACAAGCUAAACUAUAUCACUUACAUUGGAUCAGGAUUCUCUGCCCCCUUCGCACUGAUCAGUUUGUUCAUCUAUAUUUAUAUACAUCGGCGGCAUCCUGAGAAAUCCAUAAGUCUGCACAUGCAGCUAACAGUGGCGAUGUUCUGCCUCCAUCUCACCUUCCUGCUGUCCAGUCUCCUGGUCCAACUACUGAAGGAAAAAGAGGACAGCUCAUCUUGCCUGGUACUGGGUCUGGUUUUACACUGGUCCCUGCUGGCCACCCUGACCUGGAGUGCUCUGGAGGGGUUCCACCUCUACCUUCUGCUCAUCCGGGUCUUUAACAUCUAUGUGAGGAGGUACCUGCUCAAACUGAGCCUGAUUGGAUGGGGUUUUCCUACACUGGUUGCAGCUGUUUGUGGGAUUUCACGUGUUUAUGGCAAAUACACUCUGAAUUACAGCAACAGCAAUUUAACACAACACAUGUGCUGGAUGAGCAAUGAGUCUGAACAAAAGCUCCUCAUAGUCAGCUACAUCACUACUGUGGCCUUUCCUUUCUUGGUGGUUGUGUUCAAUGCCUGCAUGCUGGGGCUGGUGGUGUUUAAGAUGUGGGAGCUAAGAAGGGGUGAUAGAAGCUUUGGAAGCAGCAGUGACUGGAAGAAGAUAAACAAAGAGAGAAAGAAAAGGUUAUGGAAGGACUGUGUCACAGUGCUGGGCCUCAGCUGUGUGCUUGGGUUACCUUGGGGGUUGGCCAGCACUACGUACGUUUCACUCCCUGGGAUCUACGUAUUCACCGUAUUGAACUCCUUUCAAGGUCUAUUUAUUUUCCUGUGGUCUGUGGCUUUGGCCUGGUCAAAGUCUCAAACUGCAAAUAACUCAUCAAUCGGAGACUCUUCCUCUCAGAAAAUGAUGACUACUAGUUUCAACAGCAGAAACUGAAAAGCCUAAUGCGUUAUCCAUGACCUAUAUUAGGUGUUGCGCUUCUAUUGAUAUGUAGUUCAGUAUAACCAAUAAUUAACUAAUAAUUUAAA